AUGGCCCAUCCCUUCAGACCGCCCCGCCAGCCGCCGGCCCCAUCCAGAUCGACAGAGACCCCGAUGGACUUCGCCUACGACAAGCCCGCCUCCAGCGCGAGCCAUCUCUCCGCCUCCGCCGAGCCCCCCCGCGCGGCCAUCCGCCCCCUCAAGCUCAUCGCCCAGAACGGCACAGCACCACCCCAGCAGCCAUCCCGCCAGAGCGACGAGACGCUCAGGACUGCCGCCAGGCCUGCCUCCUGGUUUGCCUCUCUGCGCGCCCGCUCGUCCCCGGAGCCGCCCCGGAAGAGGCUGCACUGCGAGACCGAGAGCAUGGACUGGGAGGUCUCUCCGCCCGAGCCCAACCCCCACCCAACCGCACACCCCCGCGCGCCGGCCGGCGGCACGUUCCUCUUCGACAUCCCCAAGCGCCUCCCCCUGCCCGCCCCGCCCCUCUACACGGCCCCCGCCGCAACACUCCCCUCGCCCCAGAAAAUCGGCCCCGCCUCCUUCGGCCUCUCGCCCCGCGCCCGCCCGUCCUACCGCGAGGAUCCCGAGGCGGACUCGAGCCUCGACAUCGACCACUUCGUCCCCCAGCCCAUCCGCCCCGCCAAGAUGUACUCCACCAACGCCGUCAAACACGAGACCCGCCGGCGCACGCGCGCCCACCAGAAACAGAUCCGCUCCAAACUCAGCACGCUCAGCUUCCACAGCGACCACGAGCAGGAGGAGGCGGAGGACGACUCGGACGUCGAGGUCCUCUCGGCUGCCCAGACCCAUCACGGUCUGCUCGGCAAGCCCAAAGCCGCCUCCGCCCGGCGCCGUGCCGAUCGGAUCAAACCGGGCGCACCAGGGCCGUCGACCACCAACUAUCUGACGAUCAACGGCUGGAAGGGCGCCGAUGGGCCCCAGCAACAGCCGCCCAGUCGGCUGUCCACAGACACGCCCUACAUCCUGCUGGUCUAUCUGCAACUGCUCUUCAACUCCUCGCUGGUCUUCGUCGGGCUCUAUCUGGCCAUCAACCUCAUCCUCAUCAUCCGCACCGACAUCAACCACAACGUGCUCGUCCACACCGCCCGGCUCCGCCAGGAAAUCGACGCCUGCGCCAGCGACUACCACGCCAACCGCUGCUUCCCCGCCACCCAGCGCACCCCGUUCAUCGAGAAGCAUUGCCUCCAAUGGGAGGCCUGCAUGGCCCGCAAUCCCUCCCUCAUCAGCCGCGCCAAGAUCGGCGCCGAGACGUUCGCCGAGGUCAUCAACGGCUUCCUGUUCAUAUUCCUGUCGAUUGGCGCGGGGAUCUACGCGACUAAUAUGGCGAUGAACAACUACAAGGCCAAGUGGGAGUCCGUCUACAACCACCCCAAGCCCCCCUCCGCGUGGGCCCCCCGUCUGACGCCGCGCAAGAAGGCCGGCGCGGACCAGGCCGACAAUCAGGCCGUCGACCCGAUCACCGUCUUCGCCCGGAACCAGGAAAAAUAA